UUGCGCGCCUUCCGUAUUCGACAUAUUCACGCCGUUCGUCCGUUUGACAAUGACUUGACUGCAGGAACCAGGAACUACAACUCCGGCUCAUCAUGGCGGCCUGCGACAAGGUCCUCCAAACAUACGAGCUACUCGAGAACAUCCUGCUCCAUCUGCCACUAUACGACAUCCUUCACUCGCAAGCUGUCUGCACAGAAUGGCGGGCAGUGACUGGGCGAUCGCGUACAAUACGCAGAGUACUACGCUUCGACGUGCUGGAUGAAGAAACCUUCGCGCAACACGUGCUCUUGGACCAUCCUCCAAUUGCAAAUGGGCGAGCCAAAGCUGCACGACAGUGGCGGGCCGCCUCAGGCCAUGUUAUGCAUCCCCUCCGCGCCCCCAUCUUGAACCCAUUGCUUAUUCGAGCCGGCAUUGUUACCGAAACUCUCCCACUCGGGCCACGGGCAUCUACUGUAGCCAGUUCCGCCGCCCACAAGAAGGAGUUUGCGCACCUCAAAGACGGUCUACUACCAGACGUAGACUGGGUGCAGAUGCAGGCCUUCCAGCCGAGAGUGAAUCAGAUCCGCCUUCGUAGGUAUUGCUCAUACUGGCAUUUGAGAGGGGGCUGGGCGCUGCAGGUGACUGCGGAGAAUGGCAUACGGGUGGGCGACCUCCUCCGUUCCAUCUCCAAAGACAGUGCAGCGCACAAUGAUCACUGCCCUGAAGCGCAUGCUGACUACGAGACCGCAAUCUAUAUCGGCUCCCUUCACGCCAAUGCUAAUGCGGAGAUCACUGGAUGGGAGCUGCUACGAGAGACGGGCGCAGUACGGACAACGCUGUAUACGGACGACGCUAACGGGUCGGCUUUCAUUGGGAUGUCGGGCAAACAAGCGAUGGCGGAGUGGAUGGCGCGUGGAGGAUCGAUAGUACGCGACUGAGACAGAAAACGCCCCCUGAUCAGUUCGUAGUACAAUGGCGGUCUGUACACCCUUGCGCUGUAACCGUUGUUCUAGUGAUACAGCGCGGGCUCGCGGAGGACUGCGCGAUGCACCUGGGACUAAGCUCAGCAGCCAGGCAGACUUGUGCUUGAACUUAUACGGCAACGGGCUCUCUCAAGUGUCUCACACUCCACAUAUCACUCUCCGCUCAACUCUCUUUGGUGCUGAUCGUGCCUUGCUCGUAACCACCCAGCCAUCUUCGAUCUGCACCAUCUACAUUGA